UCACGUGACCCGGUGUUUCGCGCCAUCUUCCUCGCUAGUUCGUCUUUGAUUGCAGUUGGUGCAAUAGAACGGACUCAUCGCGCGUUUCUGCAUCUUUAUCAGUUCACACUUCAUUGCAAGUAGUGGAGCAUUUUCUCGUCACAAUGGCUGAUCCUGAGAAGGCCGAGUCCAAGGUUCAAGAUGAUACAGAAAUGGCUUCAGAGGAGGGUGAGGACGAAGGAGCAAUGGAUGAGAGCAGUCGCAAGGAGCUUGUCGACCAGAUCAUGAAAGACCCUCAGGUACUGGCCUCAUUGCAGGAGCGCCUCCACAGAUACAUUGGUCACCCCUCAGACUAUGUAGAUUCGCUGCCAAAGGCAAUGAAAAGGCGCAUCAAAGCUCUGAAGAAGCUUCAACUAGAGUUCACCGAGAUGGAGGCAGACUUCUACAAAGAAGUUCACGAUCUCGAGGUAAAAUACGACAGUCAACACCAACGGCUGUACGAGAAACGUCGACAGAUCCUCAACGCUGAGGUUGAACCAACUGAUGAAGAGUGCGACUUCAAACUGGACGAUGAUGCCGAGGACGAAGAAGAUAAAAAUCUUUGCAAUGACCUUGAGAAAAAAGCCAAGGUUGAAGGAGAAGAAGCAGAGAAACCUGCUGCCCCUGCGCACGGUUUUGAUGAAGAAACCAAAGGCAUUCCCGAAUUUUGGCUCACAGUUUUCCGGAAUGUUGACCUCCUCGCUGAGAUGCUUCAGGAUCACGACGAGCCAAUCCUCGCUCACCUCACUGAUAUUAGGAUUAAGUUCCAUGAUGAGCCCAUGGGCUUCUCAUUAGAUUUUCAUUUCUCAGAAAAUGAAUACUUCUCAAAUAAAGUUUUGACCAAGUAUUACGAAAUGAAGUGCAAACCCGACCCCGAAGAUCCCUUCAGAUUUGAAGGUCCUGAAAUAGUUAAAUGCAAGGGCUGCACUAUUGACUGGAAGCAGGACAAGAACGUCACCGUGAAGGUCAUUAAAAAGAAACAGAAGCACAAAACGCGAGGAGCGUUCAGAACUGUCACCAAAACUGUACCUCGUGAUUCCUUCUUCAACUUCUUCAAUCCUCCUGCUGUCUCCGAUGAUGUGGGAGAAGUGAUUGAUGAGCAGCUGCAGGCUUUGCUCACUGCCGAUUUCGAGAUUGGCCAUUACAUCAGAGAGAGGAUCGUGCCUCGCGCGGUGCUCUUCUAUACCGGCGAAGCGCUCGAUGACGAGGACUUGGAAGAGGAAGAAGAUGGCGAAGAAGAAGAGGAUGAAGAAGAAGAAGAUGAUCCAGAUUACGACCCUACCAAAGACAAGGACGGCAAGCAGCAGGAUUGCAAGCAGCAGUAAACUCAGCGCCUUCCCUCGCGUUGGUCAGCAAGACGACAGAUCACUACGAACAACAUGAAUAUCCUGCGAACUGCAUGCUCGUAGCAAUGAGAACUGAGUGCAUUUGCUCUGAACUGCACUGUUGCGACCAUGUCCGAGUAUUCGUUGAUUUAAUGACUGCUGAUAAAUUAGCGAUGGUCGUCCUGUUUCCAUGUGGGGUUAUUUUCCCUCGUCAAUAGGGACGUCUGUAGCUGCAUUUACUUGUUACUUGCAACGAUGGAUCUGAUGUUGUCGGCCUUCUUACUCCAGUUUGGUGGUUUUACCAUUCAACUCUUAUUUCUUUAUUGUUGGCAUUAAAUUUUAGUGACAUUUACCUAUUAUGCUUCAUCUCUAUCCUUCGGUUUUUUCACUGCAAGGAUCUGGCACGAGCUUGAGUUGAACUCCUCAUCCGCGUGUCGAGUAUCCCUAAACUGACGAAUCCGGCCUUAAUUUUCACUGAUCAGCUAUGUCCUUACAAAUGAAGAUCUGUUGAAGUUUUCUAGCAGUGCAAGAUAGGAUUGAACUUAUCUCUCACAGAUUAGGCGAGACUUGCUUUCAACUUGUCUGGCGAGAGUUAAUAAUGAAGAUUCCUUAUUUUCAAGGGAACUGAACUAUAAGAGCAGCCUCUAUUAGAUUGUAAAAUCUCGUGAGGUUACCAACAUGAUUAUCGACUGCAGGUCCAUUUCCACUAUUGCCGCGGUUGCUCAUCUUCUGAGUCAAUUAUUCUUUCUUUGAUUAUUCGUACCUAUAUUUUGGCUAAAGGAUCUUUCUUACGUCUUUCCGUGUUCAGUAGUGGAUUUAAUUUCCUGUGUUCACACACGACUAUAUUGCAUGCUUUAAUCGAAUCACUUAUUGUUAUUGGCCGCUAUUUGAAUGUCACCCAGCAAGGUAGUUUGAUGUGAUAUUAAAGCUAUUGAUCUGUACGUACAGGUAAACUUUUCCUA